CUCUUCCUAGAAAGAAGAUUUUCCAAUGAAGUCAAUUUUCGACAUAUAUGUUCAUAAUAAAAGGAUAACCCAAAAAAAAAAAAAAAAAAUCUCUACCGAAUCACUAGGAACAUCCAAAAGAAUUGGUCAAUGUAAAACUAAGAUGCAUGUAUUCACAACCAAAAUCCAUUUUUCGUGUUACAAGCACAAAAUUGUCCGAACUUUAGGGCCGGACAUAUAUUUGUCACAACGCCGUUAUGACAUAGCAAAAAUAUACAACUUUCCAUAGUUGAAAUUACCUUGUUAAUAUUCUUGGUUACAUACAAACAACUCACAAUUCAUAACUCUUCCCUUUACCUAAAUAUUCCCAAUUAAGCUUUUGAUCUUAAUUUCAUAAGCAUGUCAAAAUUUGAUCCUUACGACCAUCUCAGUGUGGUGCUCAACAAAGAUGGAAGUUUAACUCGUCUCCUUGCUUUUCCUACAACCCAAGCUACUGGUGAUCAAGAACAUCUCCCUGGCCAAGCUGUUGUUAGCAAAGAUAUAUCUUUAAAUGCAGACAAGAAAACUUGGAUCAGACUUUAUCGUCCAAGUAAAUUGCCCUCCAAUGACAAAUCUAUCGCAAAACUUCCCAUCAUAGUUUACUUCCAUGCAGGAGGAUGGAUUCAUUUCAGCAUAGCAAAUACCAUGAUCCAUGAAGGUUGCAACCAUCUUUCUAGUGAAGUUCCUGCCAUAGUUGUCGCCGUGGAAUAUCGUCUUGCACCGGAAAACAAGCUUCCUGCACAGUACUAUGACGCGAUCGAUGCCAUUCUUUGGAUCAAGAACCAAGCACUGGAUAGUGUUAAUGGUGAAAAAUGGCUAAGGGAAUAUGGAGAUUUCUCUAGGUGUUACCUCUAUGGAGUGAGUUGUGGUGGGAACAUUGCUUUCAAUUCAGCACUUAAACUUCUGGAUCGACAAAUAGAGCCGUUACGUAUCAAUGGGAUCAUAAUGAACCAACCCCUUUUUGGUGGAAAAACGAGGACAAAAUCUGAAAUGAGGCUAGCCACAGAUACAUUUUUUCCCUUGCCAGUAAUCGAUGUGUUAUGGGAUUUGGCAUUGCCACAAGGGACUGAUAGGGAUCAUAGGUUUUGUAAUCCAAUGGUGGAUGGGCCAUAUAGGGAUAAGCUCAAGAACCUUGGGAGGUGUUUGGUGAUUGGAUUUGGUGGGGACCCUUUGGUUGAUAGGCAACAAGAUUUUGUGCAAAUGUUAGUGAAGGAAGGGAUUAUGGUGGAAGCUAGGUUUGAUGAUGUUGGAUUCCAUGGAAUUGACGUGGUUGAUAGUCGAAGAGCUGCUGCUAUUACUAAUUUUAUUAAGGAGUUCAUUUGAUGAUCUUUUAAUUUGGUGUACGUGGGCAUAUGUGCACUAAGCUCAUGAUAUGUGCGGGGUCUAAAAAAAUCCGACCACAUUAGCCUAUUGUAUGGUGCUUUCUUUGAUAAGUAGUAUAUGUAGUAAUGUUAAAUUAGGAAGUGAUAUUACUAGCAGUUACACGAUUGAUCUUGAUCUUAUUUAUUUCUGCUUCUCUGUUGAAUAAUUCUAGGAGGUUUUUGACUUUAUAUUCAUCUUUAAUUUGAACUUAUUUAAUUUGUGCAAAUGCAUUCUUUUGAAGUUUGAGAGAAUUUUUGUUCAUUG